CGGCUGCGUGGGGGUGCGCGGUGCGUGGCGGCUGUGCGUGGUGUAGGGUGGGCAGGCUGGUCCGCGCGGCGCGGUCGUGCUCACUUCACGCUGGACUGAGAGACUCUCGCGCUGAGCCUCAGUUUCCUCCCUUCGCAGUAGCGGAACAUGUCCCGCACGGGGCACCGCAGGCCCUACCGUGCAGCCACACUGCCGACCAGAACGUUAUCUCAGCUAUUGGGAGGGGACGAGGGGAGCCCGGGGGUCCUCACAGCUCCAGUCCCCGGUGCCUGACUGACCCUCCCGUUCCCAGAACCCCCAGCGCAGGCCAGGAUGUUCGUCUUGGUGGAGAUGGUGGACACUGUGCGGAUACCCCCGUGGCAGUUUGAGCGGAAGCUCAACGACUCCAUUGCCGAGGAGCUGAAUAAGAAGUUGGCCAACAAGGUCGUGUACAACGUGGGACUCUGCAUCUGUCUGUUCGACAUCACCAAGCUGGAGGACUCCUACGUGUUUCCCGGGGACGGUGCGUCACACACCAAAGUCCAUUUCCGCUACGUGGUGUUCCACCCGUUCCUGGACGAGAUCCUGAUUGGGAAGAUCAAAGGCUGCAGCCCCGAGGGAGUGCACGUCUCUCUAGGGUUCUUCGAUGACAUUCUCAUCCCCCCAGAGUCGCUGCAGCAGCCCGCCAAGUUCGACGAGGCGGAGCAGAUGUGGGUGUGGGAGUACGAGACGGAGGAGGGCGCGCAUGACCUGUACAUGGACAUCGGGGAGGAGGUCCGCUUCCGCGUGGUGGACGAGAGCUUUGUGGACACGUCCCCCACCGGGCCCAGCUCCGCCGAGGCCGCCUCUGCCAGCGAGGAGCUGCCCAAGAAGGAGGCCCCGUACACGCUUGUGGGAUCCAUCAGUGAGCCGGGCCUGGGCCUCCUCUCCUGGUGGACUAGCAGCUAGCCCUGGGCCCAGCUGCGGACCAGCCCGCGUCCGCAGGCCCCAGCCCUCGGAAGGCGCCUGAACCCCCCCGGCAGCGCACAGACGCCAAGGAACUGAGUGUGCAGUGCGGACCUGCGGGGCGGGGCCGGGGGUGCCCUGCCAGCCCGUCCCCUCCCCUGCCACCCGGGCCGCAGUCCUCUUCCCGGAAGGCCUGCUCUCGGUGGCAGCAAAGACACUGAAUAAACAAUGGCAACACCCGUUGAAGAGCCACCUGUCUCCCUGGCUGUCGUCAGGACCUAAGUCGUUGAGUUGCCACAGCAGGGGCAGCAUGCCCUUCCUCUCUUCACGUCACUUGUGGAGGUGCCCCCACACACACACAGCAGAACGUGGGGGCUGCGAGAUCCAGGCCGCCUCCGGCCAGGCUGCGGGCUGUUGAGCUUGGUGGCUCCCUGAGGUGA